GGCAAAUCCCAUAGCAGCAAAUUGACUAUAAAAACACGUGUGUGCGUCACGUCGUGUCGUUUGCUGAUUACAGCUUCUGAUUUAGGCUACCUAUCAUUAAUUUCGCGUUUGAAGAUGCGCUCUUCAAGAACGUAGUGGAGUGGAGUGGAGAAACAACAGAAUUAAGCUAUUUCAGGGCAUUUUAAAAUGCAGCAGAGAGAUAAAUCAGUGUCAGUAAACUGGAUGAGAGACACCCCUUUGGAGGCACGUUGCCCCUCCCAGUGCUGUUACCGCGCUGUUCAGUUUAGCUGCGGACACAGACACGGGAGAGAGGACAUAAAAACAUCAACUGGACAAGCCGACACACACAGAUAGAGUGUUGUUGGUGAUCUAUGAGGUCUGCAAAGAGAGGGAAUGAUAACUGACUGGAUUGUCCAGUGAUGUCAGAGUCUGCAGGCCGCUGUUCCUCUGUCUCCUCCAUCUCCUCCAUCUCCUCCAUCUCUCUGCUGGAGAUCAAGAAUGAGACUCAUAUAGUCCUCCAAGCUUUCCUCCAUCGGACUCUUUCUACCCCCCGGAAAGAGAGGCCUGGUAAAGUAGGAGGUGCCUACAGAGACCACAACAAGUACAGCUGCAAGCCACAGCCAAAUGCAAAGGAUGGGUGGGAUUCUCAGGCUGAAGAUGUCAUUUCAGCAGAUGAGAAUAAGACUGGAUUCAAAGACUUCAUAAAGCAGCUGCCUCAUCGUAACACCACAUGCCGCUCUACCAAAGACCUUAAAGGCUCACUGGACAGGGACAGCAAGGCAAAACUGUCACACCAAAGAGACCAAACAGAAGAUGAUGUCAUCUCCCCCUCCUCUACAUCGGAAGAUGAUGACAGUGAGAAGAAGCAGCAGAAGAAGCUGAACCAAAAGAAGAUUAGAAAAAAGAUCUCAAAGUUCUUUAGGUUAAAGUUAGAGAAAGAAAAGGUCAAAGAGGGGCAUGGAUCUUAUCAUAAGAGGCAUAGCACAUUGCCAGUCAACAAAGAACCAGAACCUACGCCGACCAUUGUCUCUCCCAACCACCCUCCUGAGUUCUAUAAUGAGGUAGUAGAGAAGCUGGAUAAGAUUGCCCAGAAGUCUACCAGUAUAAAGAAAUUGAGUCCCACAGCCCAGCCCUCACCAGCAGUGUGUGAUAAAGAGGAAGUGGUGCAGCAGCUUGUUCAGGUGCUCUCUUUGGAGGGAGAUGCUAUCAACACUAAGAUACAAUCAGACCCCUUUCUGCGCUCCAGCCUUGCUCGUCUUUCUUAUGCAUCAUUUGCAAAGCUUCUAGACACUUUCAGCAGCAGUCAGGUAUCUGAGGCCCUGGACCUUCCACCAUCAGCUAGUCCAACGCUGCAACGAAUGGCUGUCACCAUGGAGGUUUCACGGCGGAUAGUGACAGCCACAGGAGCCAUGCGCAUGCAAGGCUAUGCAGAAUGCUACAUGGAGACCUUCGCCCCCUGGGUAAAGAGCCGCGGAGGAUGGCCCUGGGCAGUGUCUGCAGGCUUCCUCCCCAGUUGCAUUCAGCCCCAACAACCUCCACCAAGAAGGUGGUGAGCUCACCUUGUCAUGGGAGAUGUGUAUAACCAACACUAGGGUCACCUCUGUCAGGACCAGGAGCAAAAGGAUCACAAAGAACUGCAGAACAGAGAAGAGCAGUUGGACACUGACAAUACAGUGUAUACAAGAGUAUGAUAUGUAGAUUAUCCGCACUGAGAUGUUAUUUCAUUAAGGUAAGAAUAUCUGAACAUCAUUCAUUUCCUGCCAUCUCUUUGCUAUCCAAUAAAGCACUAAAAUGACCCAAAAUCUCACAAAAAAAUAUCCGCAACUUCGCUGUCAUGUAGAUUUCUCACCAUGAAC